UCAUUCUAUCGUGAAACUCCUUUGUAUCUACGUGUUCGUGCACUUCAAGCUCAUUUCAUACAAUCAAGUGACGUUGUGUUAAAUUGAUUUUUAGUAUACAUCGACGGUUAAAAAGCAUACUUGGUGUACCUGUUAUUUUUUAAAUAAUACGUACACAUCAUACAGGUAUACUUUGCACUUUAUUACCUGGGAUUCACGGUGCUGUUAUUCGGCCCUGGCUGUGUAUUGAAACGCGUGCAGUGUGCAGAAUAUCCACGACAAGUGUCGUGGCGGGUGUCUGCUGGCUCAGCUGUUAAAUAGAUGGAUGAAUAUUUUUGAAUUUCGUUAAAAAAACCAAUGCACAAUAAAUGUCUAGAAAACGUGCUAGAGAAGAAACUAUGUUAAAUUCUACGUCAUACACAAAUAGUCAAAACGGAGAGAGUGCAUCUUGUUCUACAGAAGACUCCCAAAUUUAUCCUUUGGUGACAAUGACUUGGGGGACCAACAGGACAUCAAAUAAUGAAUCAGAUCAAGUUUCACAGAAAAAAUAUGGUAGUGAAAUUUCUGUUUGCUACAAAGAACUUCCAUCUAUCUGCAUGGAAGCUCCAUUCAGCGAUGAACCUGAAGCAAUUGCUGAAAGAGGUGUAUGUGACUAUAAUAUUCGCAUUACAUUGAAAAUGGCAAAAAGUGGUAAAGCUCCUAGGAAAGUCAGGGUAUAUGCAGAUGGUAUUUAUGAUCUAUUUCAUCAAGGACACGCACGACAACUCUUACAAGCAAAAAAUAUUUUCCCAAAUGUUUACCUUAUUGUUGGAGUUUGUAAUGAUGAGCUUACCCAUAGUAAGAAAGGUAGAACUGUGAUGACUGAUAUUGAAAGGUAUGAUGCAGUAAGGCAUUGUCGAUAUGUAGAUGAAGUAGUUAGAGAUGCUCCAUGGGAGUUGGAUGAUGAGUUUCUAAAAAGACAUAAGAUCGAUUUUGUUGCACAUGAUGAUAUACCCUACAUGACGGAUGAUAGUACAGAUGUGUAUGCUGCAUUGAAAGCAAAAGGUAUGUUUGUAGCUACACAAAGAACAGAAGGAGUAUCAACAUCAGAUAUUGUAGCCAGAAUAGUUAAGGAUUAUGAUAUUUAUGUAAGAAGAAAUCUUGCACGAGGUUACAGUGCCAAAGAACUGAAUGUUUCUUUUCUCAAUGAAAAGAAAUUUCGGUUGCAGAAUAAAUUUGAUGAUUUAAAAGAUAAGGGAAAACGUGUUAUGGAAAACAUUGGUGAAAAACGUAUGGAUAUGAUUAGUAAAUGGGAAGAAAAGUCUCGAGAUUUUAUUGAUGCUUUUCUGCUAUUAUUUGGCAGAGAAGGCAGAUUGUCGACAAUUUGGAAUGAAAGUAAAGGUCGUUUGAUGCAAGCACUAUCUCCUCCUGCAAGUCCAAAAAGGGAUGGCAGUCCUAAUAGCAGUAAUAGCAGCAAUAAUGAAGAAGAUCAAACAAGUCCACCACCAAAAAAGACUGGCCGUUUUGAAUUUUCAGGAAAUAGUUAUUACUUAAGUGAUGACUAUAGCGAUGACGAAGAAGAAAAUUUGCGCUCUAAAUGAUAAUACGUUUUCUCACAUUAGUCUUCUGACCAAAAAAUAAUAUGCAAUUUCUUUAAAAAUGUUUAGAGAUAUUUUCAUAUAGCUAAGUGAACUGCUAAUAUGAACUACAAUGCUAUGCUUCAUAGGCUUUUGUAUAGCAUGAUUUCAUACUGUUCACAACAUACAACUACCUGUUACGACAUAGAAUUUUAACCAGAUUAUGGAAUAUAAUAUACAGAUUAUGUAUUACAGAUCUACAUUAUUAUGUUUAAA